GCCGUGUCACCCCCCUGGGGAGUGUGUUGUUAGUCGGGUUGUAGCUGGGUAACGGGCACAAUUCGUUUAAAGGGAACACUGAACGCCGGGAGCUCGCCUGUUACAGUCCUGCUGCUUUCAAGGAAAUGGCAUCUGUGUUAAGGAAGCCCGGUUUGGGUGUAUCACAGCGCAAAAAACUUGGAGUCAAACCCGAGCUGACCGAGGAACAGAAACAGGAGAUUAGGGAAGCGUUCGAUUUGUUUGAUACGGAUGGAUCUGGCACUAUUGAUGUGAAAGAGUUAAAGGUUGCCAUGAGGGCCUUGGGCUUUGAGCCGAAAAAAGAAGAAUUGAAAAAAAUGAUAUCUGAUAUUGAUAAGGAUGGUUCAGGCAUCAUUGACUUUGAAGACUUCUUGGCUCUUAUGACACAGAAAAUGAGUGAGAAGGACUCCAAGGAAGAGAUCAUGAAGGCCUUUCGGUUAUUUGAUGACGACGGAACAGGAAAGAUUUCUUUCAAGAAUCUAAAAAGGGUGGCCAAGGAAUUGGGAGAAAACUUGACAGACGAGGAACUACAGGAAAUGAUUGAUGAAGCUGAUCGUGAUGGUGAUGGCGAAAUUAACGAGCAAGAGUUUCUUAGGAUUAUGAGGAAAACAAGUCUUUAUUGAUUAAGGACUGACUCUCCAACAAUACUAGUUAUGCUCUAGAUCUGUAAAUCUUUAUAUGCCUCAGAAAUAUUUAUUGUAUUCUCCAAAUAUUACCUCCUUUAGAAAUGUCAUGGUAACAUACUACAUGUACGAUUAGGUCUUCUACUGUUGAUCAUGUUGGCUUGCUGUGUGUAAGUAAUUACAUGCUGCGCGCAUUUUUGAAUGUUUUGUACACAUAGAAAUUAUACUAUAUUCCAAGCUUCCCAUAUGUUUAAAUUUCCACAUAUCACUUUUUUGUUUGUUUUGUAAAUGUUUAACUGAUUAAAUUUAGAAAUAGUGUUCAUAAUCUAGUACAUAAAAAAAGGCUGAAUAUCCCUUAUGCUCAAUGCUUGGGACCAAAAGUAUUUUGGAUAAGGGAUAAUUUUGGAUAACGGAUCUGGUGUGUCUGUGUCAGAGUAUGGUGAGCAGGGAUAAAUUAUCUGGCCAGUCUCUACCGAUUACAGGAUA